ACCCCGGACUCCUCUUCCCCUAGACCCCCGCGUCGCCGCAUCGCCAGUUCGCCGCUUGGGGACGGUGAGCCGCGAUGGUUGGAGGCGGCAAGCCGCUGGGCGACAGCGUGCUCGCCGGCCACGCGGCCGCCGGCGCGGCGGCGGUCAGCGCCUCCGCUGUCGCCGUGCACCCCCUCGACACGGUCAAGACCCUCCUCCAGUUGGGCGCGGUGGGGCAGAAGCAGAAGAUGGGGCUCGGCCAGGUGGUGGACCGGCUCAUGUCCGUCUCCGGCCCUGCAGGUUUUUACAGUGGCAUCGGAUGGUCCAUAAUGGGUAAACUGCCUGGGUUGGGAGCACGUUUUGGGACCUAUGAACUUUUAACAGCCUUCUAUAAAGACGGCAGGGAGGACAACUAUGUUUAUUAUUCUGAGGCUAUGUUGGCUGGCAUUGCUGCUGGUGCUGUAGAGGCUGUUUUCUGCACACCAUUUGAACUUUUCAAACUUCGGAACCAAGUUAGUUCUAUGUUACCCUCGAAAGCAGUGAGCCCUGCAAGUAUUACACAAGAAUCAUUUCCACUGCUUUCCAAACUGUUGCCUGGUUAUGUUCCUGACAUGAGGGUAUGGAAUAGCACUGUGAACCUUUUGUCUGAUCUUUCUCCGAAGCAUCCAGACAUAUUGGGUGCCCUGAAACAACACCCAUGGAUGCUUACUGGCUCUGGGAAGCCCCCAUUACCCUCUGAUGUUCAGCUACCUUCUAGAGUAAUAUCACUUGAAGGAUGGAGUGCUCUGUGGAGAGGGCUUAGACCAGGGAUAGUUCGAGACUGUGUCUUUGGUGGUAUGUUCUUUUCAACUUGGCAAUUCAUACACACAGUGAUGCUCACAUGGAAGGCAGUUAAUAUGAAACCUGAACCUAGGAAACUAGAAGAAGCAAGCCCUGUACAUCCUUUUGCUUCUAGUGUUGCUGCAGGCUUCUCAGGGGCAGUAGCAGCUGCUGCUUCACAUACGUUUGAUACUGCCAAAAGUCGUUCAGAAUGUACUGUUGUGCCUAAGUAUAUCGCAAUGGAGAGGAAGUUUCUUAAAUGGAAAGCGCCAGGAACGUGGAUAGAGAGAAAUACUGGAAUAUCUCCUGCUGAUAGGAAUGUUCUGUUCCGUGGCAUUGGACUGCGAAUGGCCCGUAGUGGAAUUGCAUCGUUUGUACUAGUCGGGUCGUACUAUCUUGUUGUAGAUUACAUCUCAUAGAUGACAUGAAAAUACAUCAUAUGAUGAAUUUUUUCCAUUUGAUGAAAUUCAGAAAUACGAAUGUCAUGAUUGUAUAUGCAUUCACUGAAUGCACCCUGAUUAUUUAGCUUUCCUUCUAUCCUUUUCAUCUCAUGUAACCUUGCUCGAUUGGAACUGAUUGAUGAGGAAAUCUUUGGUGUAAACUUGCAAACAACGAAUGUCAUCCGUUCGAUCCUA